AUUUUAGCGUAUGGUCGAGCCUUCGCGGUCAGUGUUCAAUUUGCAAUCGAACCGACUAGACGCGCGAUGAUAAACGACGCGGCCUACUACGUGUGGUGAUACAGAGACCCCAAGCAAGCUGAAAAAGAGAAGAGACCCCAAGUGUGCACGGUGCGUGCGGUGAAACGAACAACGGUCGAACGGGGCUGGUGACGGAUAACGAUAUGAUAUGAUAGUGUGAGCACUUUCGUCACAGCCGGAUGAAAAAAAAGAUGAGAUGCUUUUGAUGAGGUCCAAUUAGAGAAAGGCAAAGCGAAGAAAAGAGAGUUUUACGAGUGCGUGUGCGUGCUUUGAUAAGGGCAAAACGAUCAGAGUGAAUAAACAACAGCCCGCGGCGGGGGAAUUGCUUGAUCCGGAUGAUAAUACAAUUAAUGCUCAGCGUCGUUGCGAGCAAAGUGAUAAUUUAUGGACUGUUUUGCAUGAUCAAGUGCUGAAACAAGCUCUCGGGUCAAUAUUUCCGAAGGAAAAAGAUAAAAACCCUGUCCAAUUACGAAGGGGGCUGUGCGAGUGCAGUGAACAAUUAUCUACAAUUGGUUGGUGCGACGAGGAUGAAGGUGUCAACACGUUGAUAUUAGAAUCACACAUCAGUUCAGAAGGAUCUUGGAAGCGACGACAGCAAUCAAUUGAACUAGAGGAGAUUUCUACUUAUUUCCAUAUAAGAUUCACACAUCUUCCUGUUUCGGAACUGCCAGAUGUAGUAGAGUGCUCUUCAUCGUCUUCACAACUCCAAGAAUCUCCAAACAAGCCCGGCGCGCCUCUACCGGCAGGCACGCGUGCGUGGUUGUCGAACAGUUUAAAGUCAAGUGACAACGCGCUGCCCGUUUGUCCGAAUGAUACGGAUAAGUGUGACUACAAGCGCAUGCCAAUAUUUGUUUUGAACCGCGUUUCAGUUAUUUUUCUGCUCCCCAUUCGAAAUACCCCCUGGUUUCGAACGACUUUGAGCGAGAAUAAGACCUCUGCUGCUUCGAGUCGAGUUAGCGCGACUGACUGGGACGUGCCGCGCGUGUGCGUAUCGCAGUAAGCGGUGAACUUCACCGUUUCGGAGUGUAAUCAAAGCGAGGACUUUUGUGUGUGCAGCUUCUGGAAUUGGAAUAAUACGAAGCGAAAAAAACUAGCAGACGAAAAUGGCUUCGCAAAUUGCGUCGGCGAACGUCGACAUCACCGCCAUCAGAGAUGAGGAUCUCCUGCGGAAAAUGUGGCACGACGCACAGGACUUUGGCCGCAAACGGGAGAUCCGUGCGCAUAUGUACAAACUGCGCGAGGAGCGCCUUAAAGCCCUGUACGCCCCCGGAGACGCCGCCCCGCUAGCGCCGUCCUCGCCGUUCAUCAUGGAACAGCACAACACCAGCAGUGCCAAGUUCGGGCUGUCCAAGACGUCCGUCACCGGAAGCCACGGCGACUCGCUCGCCGACCAGAGCUUCGAAAGCUUCAAAACCAAGGAAAUCAGAGACUCGGAGAGUCCCACUCGAUUCGGAACCGUCAUCCCUUCAGACAACAGCGGCUGGCACGUUAAGUCGUCUGAAGAGCGAAGUGCAGACGGUAAGACCCACACCAUUCGCAGCUCAGCCACUACAGAAGGAACCAAGGACGUCCAAGGCGGACGCACUUCGUUCGCCGGUAAAAACGAAGAAGUCAGCAGCGAACGCUUCGAAGGCGACGAUAAGAACUUUGUCCGCAGCUCCGGUGAUCAAUCGGCAACCUUCCUGGCGGAAAACACCGUUCUGGAAGGUGAAGAUGGCAGCACGAUCUCCAAGAAGUCCACAACGAUGUCGUCGUCUUCGUCGAAGGUGAUCCGCUCGCAACAGACCUUCGGCGACACCAUCGAAAUGGGUAAAAUGGAGUUGCCCCCUGCCAAUACCAACAUUCCGGAGUUUACCUGCGGACUCUCGACCAGUAUGGAAAAGUCUACAAAAUCAACCACAGAGACGCAUGAAACUGAUGGAAACGUGACUAGCAAAUCCCUAUCCAGCGAUCCGGAUCGUGUGAGCGAGGCUUUCCGCCUGGCGGAACUCCCCGGCAAGGUCAUCGAACGAGACGUCCGAAUGAUCAACCCUUCCACUAGAAUGAUCACCAUCACCAAGAAGCUCGAAGACGGAACUACUGUCACGACCCGGAACUACGAGAAGAUCGGCGUUGAACCGGAGAAACCGUUCGAUCAGCAGGCACACGCGGAAACUCAAAAACGACUCAAUGCCGCCGUCGAAGCCCUGAGCAACAAAAACCGAGACGAGAUCGAGCAUCGAUCGGUCAAAAAGGACCUCACCGAGAAGGUCACCAAUUUGCAGUUCAUCGCCGAGGAACGCUCGGAAACCGAACGAGUCGAACAGGUCAAGAAACAACAGCAAGAAACCAUCACUCAGCAAAAGGUUACCGUUGAGGUCGAUCCGGCGCACGACUCCUUUGCCCGUUCGCUGCGCUGCGUUUCGCCAACCGAGAGCACUCGCUCGGUACGCUCGAACUCCACAACCGGGCGAUCCAGCGUUAGCCCGGACAAAUCCGCCCGCGGACGGCGCUCUCCGUCGCGGGAAUCCGAUACUAGUCGUCUCAGCACCCACACAACUACUCGCUCCAGUCGCACCGACCAAGUGGAGAACAAGGACUACAUGAAGCCGACCAUCACCUCGGAACGAAAACAGUCAUCCUUCAAGGAAACAGUCGUCCAGGAAUCAUUGACGGCGGAAUCUGCGUACGAUACGGUUGACAAAACCAAGCUCAGGGAACGCUCUGCUAGUCCGAGAAAAGUUCCGCAGAACUCUCCGGACAUGACUCCACGUGGACAAUCUCCCGAUAAGUUCGCACGAAACGUCUCACCUAGCAAGACUCCGAAAGAAUCGGCUCCGUUUUGCUCGGUGGAUACAACUCGAGGUACAUCUCCCGUCAAACGUGAUUCCUCUCCGGUGAAGAUCACCUCCGAGAAACUGGUUCGUGAGAACUCUUCCGAGACGUUCAAUGUAGACACAACGAUCACCGUUUCUACUACGGAAAAUAAGCAAACGCAGAAUCAGAUGCGUGAAGAUGUUGAAGUAUUCGACACGAAGAAGCUGGUCACCGAGAACGACGAUAUCACGAUCAACGUAAAGCUAGAAAACGUCACCGAUGACAUCGAAGUGACGACUACAGUAGAGGAAGUCGCAUUGAAGGAUGAGAAGUCGACCGAUGACCAGGAAACUUCCAAAACAACAAAAACUCCCAAGCAGAAACCUCCGCUGGUGCGCAGCGAAACCUUUGAAGAACGGUGCCGUAGAAUCCUGGGAAUGCCCGAAAAGUCCGACAGUAUUGAAGAAACUGCCGAAACGAACACAUCCAGCGUGUUCAGCACCUAUGACAACACGGUGACCCGCAGCUCGGAAAUUCGCGAGAAGCGAAAGAAGAUCGAACAGGAAAUCAAAACCAUCGAAAGCGAAACGAUGCGAGCAGCUCGCAAGACAAACGAAUUCCUCGCAGGCGAACGACGUCCUUCGGCCCCGGCAAGUUCACCCGAUCGCAAGGCAGGCGCGGCCUCACCCACGAAGUCUACGUCCCCUGUUCGGAAGCACUCUCAGCCUUCGCCAGAACGACGUCCUAUGCAGCAACAGCCGUCGAAGGAGUCAUCCCCGGUCAGGAAACAUUCUCAGCCAUCUCCGGAACGUCGUCCUCAGCAGGAGCCUUUGAAGGAAUCAGCACCGGUCAGGAAGCACUCACAACCAUCGCCGGAGAGACGGCCCAAGGAUGACGUCCCUGCUAAGAAACCUGCCGAUAGCUCGCCCGUUCGUAAGCAUUCCCAACCUUCUCCCGAUCGCCGACCAAAGGACGAACAGUCACCUCAGCGUAAGCCAGUCGAAUCGAAAGAAACCUCUCCAGUCAGAAAACAUUCGCAGCCAUCUCCAGUUCGCAAGCCUUCCGAACAGGUAAAGGAACCUUCGCCGCAUCGUUGCUCACGAUCACACGAUCGUUCACCAAGUCCAAAGCUGUCUCCAACCCACACCUCCACUCAUGUCGAAUCCUCCAUGAUCACCAAAACAACCACUUCCAAGGCUGACAUUCUCAUCAACCAGAAGAAGGAAGGCAAGAACAUGUCGGUGACGGAGAUCACGAUCCAACCGGUGAUCGACGUCAAGAAAUCGGACAAAGUUCUCACCAAACAGACCUCGGACACCAAAUUCGACCGCCGUUCAACUAGCAGCCGAGCGGUAACCAACAAGAGCUCGUCCGACUUUGACGUGAAACGUAAGGCCUACGUUGCGGAUAAGGCGGAAUCGGAGAGAACUGCUCGAACUACUACGACCAAGGUCCGAACGCCGGCUACCAGUCCGGAUAAGCGGCGUCCCCUGGACACGAGUCCGACCAAGAUGGAUAAGACUAAACAUCACAUAACGGUGGCGAAGAUCAAGAUCGAACCGGUGCGGAAGCCCGUGGUAGCCAAGGUCGUUGUCGAUGAUCGAUCCUCCAAGCUCGGCAAGACUACGAAGACUACGAAAAAGGUCGUUGAAGAGUACACCGAACCGGAAUCGGACAAGGAUACUGGAAUUUCAGACAACGAGAUGGAAGAUGAAAUGACGACUGUUGAGACUACCACCACUACGGUGACCACCACCAAGAAGAUCGACCGUAAGGACUCAGCACCGGUUAAUCGAACAACCGGAAAAGUGGAGAAAUCCUACCCUCGUUCAUCAAGCGAUAACGUUCUGAAGUCGAACAACACCACCAAGAAGACAACCGCAGCGAAGUCUACAGCGGCUUCCACCAUAACCACCACUUCUUCAAUGACAACCAAGAAAACCGAGCGUCCGGUAAAGUGUGUAACCACCAAGACCAUCAAUCUAUCAGCCAAGCCAACGAUCGAUUCGGACAUCCUGGACAACGUGGUAAUCGAUAUCCAACACGCGAAGUCAUCGCGGGAGCCAACUCCGAACAAGUUGAUUCCGAUUCCGGUUUCACCGGAUGAAGACACCGGCAAGCCUCGCUAUCCGGAUGCAGUUCAAGAACCCGACGAUGAACCUAAGCACGUACCGAAGGUGAGCAACGUGCCGAUUUUCGAAGAAGCUACAAACGAGUACAUUGGAUGUGAAAUCACCGAGGUCGAAGACCACGAGGUUCGAGCAGCCCGUGCCAGUCGGAUUACUAACCUUGACAGGGUGACCGAGGAUGACGAAUCGCUGAUGAGCGUCACCCAGAAGGUGUCCAAGUUUGUUGAGGAAGCUAACAGGUUGAAGGACGCUCAAGCGAAAACGCCCAAUCGGUUCGUGCGAUGCGAGUACGAUGAUAUGGACGAACAUCUCAAGUCGGAUGAGUGUUUGCUGAGCGUAUCGGAUAAGGUUACGAAGUUCAUCUCGACGGCUGAAGAGGUCAAGAAGAUCAGGACUUCGGGACCGUUCGUGCCGGAAUGUAAGGUGACGGUGGACGUGACCGGGUCAGAUGAAUGCUUGAAGAGUGUCAACGAGAAGGUUUCCAAGUUUGCGAACGUGGAUAGCCAGAAGACUACGGAAAGGAAGACUACGGUGGUGACGACUGCAUUGGACGACGUGGAUCGUAGUUUUGUGGAGGAAGAUGAUGAUUCGCUGUUGAGCGUUUCAGAGAAGAAAAAGAAAUUCAUCACCGGAACGACUGCUCCGCAGAAGUCUCCGGAGUUGGUGAAGAACGUUAUGAAGCAGACUAGCAAACACGAGCGCAAUGUGGAUGAAGACUUUGGAAGUCUUGAGUCGGAUCAUAAGACGAAUAUAACGGAGCGUUACACAACGGCUACACUGACCAAGCCGAAAGAUAAGGUUCCACAGAGUGUUGCUCUUAGAAGCACGGAGGCCGUGAAGAAGGCAAAGCAGCUGUUCGAAAGUGGAAACAAACCGGCUGCAGCUGAACUGGCCAGACAGAAGGACAUUCUGAGUCGUCCUUCAAUUUGGGAAGAUCGUCGGAAGAAGGAACAAGCGACCGCGGUAACGACAAGCCAGAAGGAUGUGAAGCUGACCGAUAUCGGUGUAUAUAAGAAACCGCAGGAGAAGGUCGAACCAGAGCCUAAGCAGGAAGAGCCGGCGCAGCCCAAGCAGGAGGCACCGAAGUCACGUCGUGACAGUGGUCCGAAGACCCCAGCUUACAUCAAGGAUACGGUGUCUACCAAGAAGGAUCUGUUUGAAAAGAGAAUUUCUUCUUCUAAGCUGGAAACCAGUGAACUCAUCAAGUCGACCACUUCUCAGGAGGACCGAGCGGAGUACACAUCAACCGGCAAGCGACCUUCCAUUACGGAGAAAUACGAACGCACCAUUGCACGGGACACUCCAACUCCUGGAAAUAAACCGUCGUACAUGAACCACACGGUGAGCUCAUUGGAGCAUAUGAACACUGGUCGUCGUGAGUCCAUCGAUAUGACUCAGAGAUCCGUGAAAGUAGAAGAAACGGUUCAUCACCAGGAUACCUCCAAGUCAACGAGUACCAAGUACGAAGAACUGAAGCGUGCCGAUUCAGGAAAGAAUGUUUUGUCGGCCGCGCCGAAGCGCAAAUCUUCGAUUGACUGCUCAGCUAUUGAAGAUAUCUUUGAGCUGGAGGUGUUGGAGAAGAUGCUGGAGUCGGUGACUGGGUACGAGCAGCGUCGGCGCAUUCGAGCACAGAUACGGUUGGUGAAGAAGUCGGGUGAGAAGCCGACGUCCGCGGUAACGACGACCACUACCACAACUACAACAACCACCAGAACGAAUAGCCGCGUUCGAGAGCCCAGUCCAAAACGUAAGGAUUCCAGCCCCACUCGAACGAUGACAAUGCGUAAAGGUUCGCAAGAUACGGAAGCCAGGGUAACAAAGACAGUUGAGGUGGAGAAGAAGACUGAGCAGGUUCCGCGCAGUGCAAGUCCAACAAAAACCAAACCGUUGACCAAUGGAAAAGCGGCCACGGCAACCACGACUAUCACUACCACGUUGAAGACCUCCAGAUUUGGCGAACGAGUUGUACCGCAGAAGGAGGCGAAGGAUGACAAGCCUAUCUGGGCAACGAGUAACAUUCUGAAGAAGGCAUCGGAGACUACGCGCAGCUUCAGAACAACUUCAACGACUGCUACGCCGAAGAAGACUACGACAACGAUGCGUGAAGUGCCGAAGGAAACCAAGCCUACGGACUGUAUCACUUCGAGCUAUGGUGUGGGACCAACGGACGAAAACGGUUUGCCUCUGUUUGGCAUCAGGGCAUUGAAGAAGAAGUCGGCACCAGCUCCGGAGUCGGAAACGACGACCAAGGUCAGCGGAUCGAUCUUCACGGAAACGCUGUAUUCGGAAAACGGUUCGGCUCCUGUGGGUGAACGCAAGACUACGCUCUACUCUUCAGACGCCAAGGAUUUGGAAAACAUGAAUUUGUCGAGUAGUAAGCGAAGCUUGGCCGAAGUACGAGAGAAGCUGCUGGAACGCGAAAACUCUCGAAAGGGACUUAUCUCGGUGACCAAGACGGAGAAAAUCGGCAACGGAACGAGCCAUGUGACAACGGAAGUCGGUGCUUUGGAGGAUGUUCCCCAGCGAGAUGCCAAGGUAGUCCGGAAAGGUUCCGUCCGGGAGCUAACGGAGCGCUUCGUGCAAAAGGAAUCCUCUUCGUCGCUGAUGUCGGAAAAGACCUAUCCGAAGGCCGGACUGAUCCUGCGAUCGACGCACAGUCAUUCGAGUCGAUCGUCCACUCCCUGCGAGAACGCCUCGUUCCGGUCCGGAUCGGUCGACUUUGACGAAAACGACAUCGAACUGCGAACGAGUACGGCCAAGUCGUCCUUCCGGUCGUCGAUGGCCGCGACCGAGGCCGAAGAAUGCGAAGACGGAGGCGUUGUGUUCCGGAAGAGCCAGAGCAGCAGCAGUAGCCGGCAGCAGCAGACAAGGUCUUUCUUGAACGACGGCAGCCGGGUGUCGGGAGUGCAGGACGUGCUGGAGCGGAUGCGGAACGCCGAUAAUGUGGAAGAGUCCGGUGACAGUGCGGAGGACCGGGAAGCGCGUGCUCUGCUCAACAAGUUCCUCGGUGCGUCGGUGCUGAUGAGCGGUAUGGAGUCGAUGAUGGCCAGCAGCUCGAAGGAGGAAGUGUCGAACGCUGAAGGUGCACCCGGUACGAAAAAGGUCUCCAAAGUUACCACAACCCGCACCGUCAAGUCGACUGCCGCCUCUUCGUCGAGCAACGCCCCAAAACCGAGCGUCGAAAACCUAGAGCAGAUCUGGGACGAAUCCGUACUCAAGCAAUUGUUGGAAUCGUCCACUAGCUACGAGGAACGCCGCAAGAUCCGCGCCCGUCUACGACAGAUCAUGGCCGAAAAAGAAGCCUGUGCCGACAUCGUGGCCAGCGUAACGGCCGACCUGCAACGCGAACGGCAACAACUCCAGCAGCAAAAGAGCAACGACUCGAGCGGCAGCGGCGGCAUCCACGGUGAGUCGCUCUUGUUGCCCCUCCUGCAGGGCAUACUGUUGCACAAUAAGAGCGCUGCUGGGGGCCAGGUCGGUACUGGUAACGGCGGCUCUACGGCCGUCACACUACCGAUCCCACCGGUCGAAGACUCCGGCACAGAGUCCGGCGAAGACCUCCGGCUCCUAGCGGCCGGUUUGCAUGACAACAUCGAAAUGUACCGCGGUAUUGGUGUCGGAAACGCCGUCCUCAACGGCGCUGUCAAUGGUGAUGGUAGUAGUGUUAGUAAUGGUAGAUUGCCGGUAGACUCCGGCGAUAGUAUCUUGCAUGAGGUUACGGCUGCCCUUCAACGGUUACAACUGUCACUAAGGGAUGGGAAAAACAUUCAACUCGGGUCGAACAAACGCAACGCUCUCCUAACUCUUGUCAACCGACUCCAGACCGGUCUUAUGCAACCCGACCAACUUCCCGACCAAGUUUCCCCCGUCAACGAACUUGCCGAUGAUAACGCAGACGACAAGGUAGACUACAACCAGGCUCGACGUGGAAGCUCACGGUUCGCAAAACGACGCAAUCGCAACAACCGCCACACGGUUGGAGUCAGUCGUGAAGAGCUAGCCGACGCACGCCGAUUCAUCGAAGAGAUAGGCCGCAUGGAAAGUCUGUCCGCCCACUCGCACUCAGCCACUCCAGAGAAAUCCAAAACCCCAGAGAAACCCCUUCUUCCAUACUCCCUACAGAAACAGCAGUCUCUCGGUACCGUUCUUCCGUCCAGCCCAUCUGUACCUGCAGCAUCCACCUUCGCCAUGAAACGCCCUAGUCAAUUUGUACCCAAAGAGCUGAACCAAAACCCUGAUCCGGUCCCACUAGUGAACGGCCGCGAUCGUAAGGCAAAGCAGAAGCUCUUCCGCCAAUCACAAAGCUUCGAGCAACCUUCGGUCAACGGCUACGAACUUUCCGCAGCACAACACAAGCCGAUCGAUGUUAAACCCGUUCCCAAGAAUGAGCCCUUCAAAAAGCCCGUCCAGACGGCUGCUCAACGCGCACUGGUCAAAAAGUACUCUUUCAACGAUGGCUCCACUUCGGAAGACGACGAACCUCGCAAAACCGCCGAACAGGUCGUUCUGCAAAAGAACGCCCCCAAAGGUACUACCGUUGUCAAUACGGUUCAAAAGAUCGUCAACCGUGAAGUGAAACAAGAUGCUCCGGCCAAAUCCGUUCAUCCAGCAAUAGCUCGCAAGAACGCCAUCCACCGAAGUCACACUCCGGAGUCCCACGAGGCGCCUGGUGAAAGACCAAUGAACAAAUACACUAGCAAAAAGCUCCGCAUGAAGCGAGCUAACACGAUCGAUAUCCCGAAGAAGCUGCUCGCCAACGGCGCAGACUCGGACGAUGACUCUGACGAUGAACAGCCAAUUAAGCCGAAAGAACGUCCACGCGAAGCCAAAGCCAAGACUCCCGUCGCCACGGCUCCGAAGCCGCCACCCGUCGAAGUGCCGGACUUCAAACCUAAGACUGAGAAUGACUUGAAAUUUAUGGCUUUCCUGCAGAAGCAGAAUCAAGCUACCAAGCAGAUGUGGACCAAUCCGGUUAAGGAACACGUCGGAACCAACAACUGGACCAAUAAGUUCGGCAAUCUGAAGAAUAACUUCGAAUCUGCCGGUAAGCAAAGCAAUCAACCCGCUCCGAUGCGCAGCGCUCCCAAGAAUUCAGCGAUGAAUUUCUGGAAGAAAGCCGAGACCCACUCUUUCGAUGAGUCCCAUCUGCGUCAGCAGGCGAAACCUCCGAAGCCGCUUCACACCAACCACGUGGCUCCAAAACCCCCAACCCUGCCCAAGCUCCCUCCCAAACCAGCGAACAACCCUGUUCAGCAUCCACCGGCUCUUCCGGCCAAACCCAAAACUGCUCCGCAACCGCUUCCUCAGCCGGUUGUUGUGAGCAAACCUGAACCCAAGCAUCCGCCCUCAAUUUCUAGCCAGUUCACCCACGCUCCCACUUCUGCAUUUAAACCCAUACCCAAGAAACUUCCUCCGGCCAACCUGGAUUUCAAACCCGUCCACCAUGAGCCUGAAAUCAUCAAACCUAUCCCCUCGAACGUUUCCUGCGGAAUCGUGAAGCAAAUCGUAGCAACCGGUUUCAAGGAAACUCCAGAGGUCAAGCCCGAACCCAAGCAGGUUCAGCUCGGACUGGUCAAAUCUCUGGCGGCUGCCGGAUAUCACGAGACUCCCUAUGUUCCGCUUCCCAAGAUCGAAAGGACCCCAACGCACCACGUGCUCAACUAUCAACCCCAGAACCCGGAUCGCGCCGAGUCUCCAACUCCACCGGCUCCUUGGGUUGGUAAGAAGACUACGGAUAGUGCCGGGCUCGUGGCCAGCAUCGCUUCGACCAAGUUCGCCGCGAACCAGUUCGGAAUGAAUAAGGCCGGUCUGCCAGCUCAAGCUCCGCUCACCUAUCAGGGUUCGCUCAAGUACAACGAAAAGCCUCUUGCCUUCCAAAUGCCCGAUCGUAUGCAAGGAAAGCGACCAUCGCUACCGGAUGUGAACAAGGCUUCUCAGCCCUCCGUGGCAUCGGAUAACUUUAUGUAUACUUUCACGGAUUACACCCAACCGGAGUCGGUAUCCACGUUCUCGUUGAACCGUAGCGAUUCGUUGACGAAUCCGGAGAAUCAACCGCUGGUGUUGACGAGCACCAAUUCGGUGUACAGUCCGGCGGGGCAACAGAUGAGCUACCUUGGUGUACGGGAGCAUCGAGACUCGGGAUCAUCGUCUCUAUCGCCAUCGAACAUCGUCGUUCCGAUCGAUGACGACGUGGACGACCUGGACUCCCUGGACUCGCAAGAAAUGCGAGUGGUAACCAAGGUCAUGCGAGCUCCGGUUAGCCAGCAAGCCAGCUAUUCCAGCAACAAGACAACGCAUUUGAAUAGUGGAGGCGCGGAUGAUCGUGGAUCUAUGAUUGCGCAGAACCUUCACAGCUCUCUGAAGAAGAUCCAGCAGAAGAGUCCGACGCCGCCGAACAAGAUUGCUAUCGCUGCGGCGGCGGCUGCUCAGAAGCGAUUCUCGCAUGACUACAGCGGUUCAUCCGAUGGCCUGUCGCCAUAUGGACAACGAUCGGCGCCACAGUUCGCGCUUCCGAAGGUGGAGAUAACUCCUCAAACACCUGCCAGUGCUGUUCCACAAGUCCAGCCUCCUCAGUACGGUUUACCAGCGCAUGUGAUCUACAACCAUGUGCCUGGCGUUUCCCCGACCCGCCCUGCAUACCAACCGGCUCCACUGGCUCGUACGGACUCUUGGGUACGGUUGAACCAACAACCAGCUCCGAAUGCGUUGUCACGAGCCAAGUCCAGCCACACCUUAGCUGUUCCCCAAAGCUACGACGGAGGCUAUGGACAGCCGAACCGAAACGUUUCCGAUAAACAGCGCACAAUGGAGGCGUACUUCGCCGGUCAGAAACCCACGAUGAAUGCUCUCUCCAAGACUUCUUCCUCGCAUAACAUUUUGAGGGACAAAUCCGGCAUGUCACAAAAUGGCGCCCGACCCGUGUCGUAUGCCUUGGGGCACAGCUACAAUCCAGCACAGUACAACAUAAUGACCUCGCAGCACGCUGGAAGCAGUUACCAACAGCAGCAACAGCAGCAGCAGCAGUCGCCAAUGUACGCGCAACGAGCGCCACCUAUGAUGGCGCAGCAGCAGCAACCACAGUACUAUCAACCUCAGCUGGGUGGCGGUCUGUCACGUAGCCGGACCAUGCCUCAUAUACCGAUGAACAACGUGAGUCUUCUGGACGAGGACAACGUGGAGGAUGCAUUUGAACAGCUCAUGAGCCAAUCGUUCGCCGUGUAAGCUGCGGGCGAGUCGCGCUCGUAGCGGAGCAACGAGGUCAACCCCCGAAGUAGACUUCCGCACGCCGACCCCAGGAGGGGUCGUAGGAAGUUGAAACCACCAUUCCAUGUAGUGUUUACUGUGGGAUUUCUGUGUUUUGUUUUGUAUAUGAUCGUAUUCUGGGCGACGAACGAAUCGAAUCGAAGCAGGCUGUGUGUGUGAAGACUGCCUGAGCAAGUUCCGUAGGAGAAAGAACAGUAGGCUGUGUAGACUAUCUACCAUAGGUUGAUAUUAGCGAUCGAAGAAAAGCGUUAGCGCGUGUGUUUGUGCGACGAAAUCGGUGGAACUCCAUCAAGGCAAGCACCAACAAAUCGAAGACAUUGCCAAUACCCACAUCAAAACUCUCGCAUGCAGUUGUUUUGCUAAGCCGUUUACUGCAUUCUUACUACUACUACUGUCGUUUUGUUUCAUUGGAAAACUCUGUGGAACGCUUGGAUUUGAUGUACGUGUCAAACGCUUAGUCGUAUAACUCGUGUUUGGAAAGAAAUCCGGACAUUUUGUUGUUACGGGGACAUGAACUGAUAUUUUUUGUUUUUGGUGAAGAAGUGCCUCUUUGAAUGAUUCGCGCCGCUGUCACUGUUACACAUUUUGUGAUGAAAUUUUUGGAUAGAGGACAUCCUAUCGCCUAAGAGCAUAAACCUCGCCAGAGUGCGCCACUGAGCAAUUCCAUAGUCGGAUGAUUCUACUACUACUAUUACCACCCAACGGCAAAAAAAAAAAACAAAGCAAACUGGUCGUGCAAGCGUCGUCCUGUCUAGAUGUGCAUCCUAACAACCACGCACGCCGGGUCCCAAAGAAGGGCCCAUCCAGCCGCACUCUUGACCACCCUCGAACUAUGUGAUUGAUGUGCGUAUAGAGAGGCAAGGUACCCUACCCUACUGUACGCAUCGGUAGAAAGCCCAAAGUAACCACUACGUCAUCCUCAAAGGUCCAGUCACAAGAUGGCGGCGUGGUAACCACCCGAACGACAGUGACAACCAAAACGGUUGGCCCAGCGAAACCCAUGUCCGCGAUGGCAAAAUUCCGACAACUUGAUAAGCAAA